UCCUCUCCUCGGGGAUAAAAGAAGCAAGGAGGAAGCACCAGUCUCUCUGACCUGGGCAACUUUCCUGGAAAGAUGCAGCCUCUCCUGCUCCUGCUGGUGUUUUUACUGUCCCCUGGGACAGAGGCAGGGGAGAUCAUCGGGGGACAUGAGGCCAGGCCCCACUCUCGACCCUACAUGGCAUUUGUUCAAUUUCUGGUUGAAGAGAAAAAUCACAGGUGUGGCGGUGUCCUCGUGCAACAGGACUUUGUUCUGACGGCUGCUCACUGCUGGGGAAGCUCAAUCAACGUGACCCUGGGGGCCCACAACAUCCAGAAGCAGGAGAGGACCCAGCAGGUCAUCUCUGUGAAGGAAGCCAUCCCCCACCCAGACUAUAAACGUAAGAAGUUCUCCAAUGACAUCAUGUUGCUAAAGCUGGAGAGAAAGGCUACUCAGACUGCAGCUGUGAGGCCCCUCAGCCUGCCCUGGGGCACAGCCCAGGUAAGGCCUGGAGAGGUGUGCAGUGUGGCUGGCUGGGGGAGAGUCACCCGAAAUGGCAGAGCAUCAGUCACUCUGCAGGAGGUGGAGCUGACCGUGCAGCAGGACCGCGUGUGCAAAUCCUACUUACGCAAUUACAACAGUACCACUCAGCUUUGUGUGGGGGACCCGAAGGAAAAGAAGUCUUCUUUUAAGGGGGACUCCGGGGGCCCUCUUGUGUGUAACAACUUGAUCCAGGGCCUUGUCUCCUAUGGAAGAUGCAACGGGACUCCUCCACGGGCCUUCACCAAAGUCUCAAGCUUUAUGCCCUGGAUAAAGAAAACCUUGAAGGCCACAUGGCAGAGUGGCUAAGUUCGUGCACUCCACUGAGGUGGCCCAGGGUUUUGCCCGUUUACAUCCUAGGCGCGGACAUGGCACUGCUCAACAGGACAUGCUGAGGCAGCAUCCCACACGCCACAACUAGAAGGAUCCACAACUAAGAAUAUACAACUAUGUACCAGGAGGCUUUGGAGAGAAAAAACAGGAAAAAACUAAAAUCUUUAAAAAAAAAAAGAAAAGAAAACCAUUAAAAGCCUCUAACUGUAGGAACCAGCCCACCUUCUCUGGAGCUGAUCCAGAAUGACACCAUAACUAAAUAAAUGUCUCUAAGCUGAGCGGGAA